UAUUUGGUCAAAGAUAAGAGGGCAACAACAUUGAUGAAUAGAUGUGAGUGACAAAGAACAAGUACCCAGCAUUUUGUGGCGUUAGAAGUGAAAGAAAGGACAGAAAAAUAAAUGUUAUGAUUUUAUGAAGGGAUAUGAGAGUAUCACAUGUGAUUACAGUGACAUGAUUGAAGAGAGAUACGAGGAGUAAAUGAGCAGAAAGUGUAGCAUCUGUUCCUUUCCUUCCCUUUCCUUUCCCUUCCUCUCCCCUUUCUUCCACACUUCUUUGUUGAGGAGAGCAAGGCAUUUGCCGUGAUAAGGUGGCACUCCUGCUGCUUGCAAGAAAUCCCAAAAGCAAAAAAAUCUCAAAUAUUCAUGAUAUGAUUAUGAGUGAAUGAAAGCGAUAACCCAAAAUAUUCACAGCUGUAAUAAAAUGUCAGUUUGUGGGAACUUGUCUCUCAUAUCUGUUAUGGAAUUUUGUGUUGUUUUUUUGCUGUUUUGGGUCCUUAUUGUCUUUUUUAUUUCUCUCUAUACUCUAAGCUAACGCUUAACGCUACUUCUGCCCAUCUUUCGCUCUCUCUCUCUCUCUUUCUUCUAUUAUAUGAUCUUUCUUUGUUACUUGGUUUUUGGGGCUCAGUAACCAACGUUAAGGUUCUUCCCUUGUUUGGCUUUCUUUUUCUUUCCUCUCUCUUUGUCCUUCUUCGUUCCAUCACCUCAACAAUCAGAAAAGAAAGAGAGAGGCAGAAAGCCGCUUGCAAUAAUGUGUCAUUCAAUUACUGAGUUUCUUGUUCUAUUACGAAACUCUAUGUGCACAUUUUUGUGUUCAUCUUCUCCUUCUUCUUCUUCUUAUAUAUAAUUUGACUUCCCCUGUUUUCUACAUCUUUUCUUCCUCUGCUAGCUUUUCACUCAAAUACUUUGCACAAACAGCCCCCAAUUUUUGUAUCUGAAAAAAUGGGGUUCACUCACAAUCUGUUUUUCUGUCAGAGGCUUGGUUAUGUUACCAUUUCCUUCGUUCUUCUCUUGGUUUCAAGCUCCACCCACGUGAGAUUUAAGGCAGAAGGCAGAGCCACUCCCAAAUCAGCUAGCAUUCCACAGACAGAAAAUGAAGAGAAGAUGAUUACCAGAUCUCAGAUAGGUUCAAGGCCUCCGAGAUGCGAGAGAAGGUGCAGCUCCUGUGGGCAUUGUGAGGCUAUUCAGGUGCCUACAAAUCCUCAAGUAAACAAUGGCAACAGAAACUCCUCAUCAGUAUCCAACAUUGCUUAUGCAAGAGGAGAUGACUCCUCCAACUACAAGCCAAUGAGUUGGAAGUGCAAAUGUGGAAAUUUGAUCUUCAACCCUUGAUCCUCUAGGUGUUUUGUCAAGACAAUUUUUCAUUUUUCAUUUCUUCUGAACAAUGUACAUUAUUGAUAUUUUAGUGGACAGUUCUCUUCCAA